AUUUGUGUUCUGAUCGCGUCGUCGGUGUGCUUCACAUUGGCUCAAGAAAAGUACUCAACUAAAUACGAAAACUUUGACGUGGACAAGGUGUUAAACAACGACAGUCUUUUAACCAGCUACAUAAAUUGUUUGCUCGACGAGGAAAAUUUUUCCGAGGAAGACCAAGCAUUGAAGAUCUUGUACGUCGAAAAUGAACGUUCGACGUCCACUGAUACAAUUGGUGCAUAUUUGAAAUAUACAAUAUCACUACAUAAUUAUGAUUAUAUUAUUUCUUGUCUGAUUAAAUUUACAGGAGUUAUACCAGACGCAUUAAAAACUGACUGCAGCAAAUGUACAGAUGUCCAAGUCUCCAAAUUACUAAAAAUAAUGAAGUUUUUGAUGAAGAACCGUUCUGCUGACUUUGAUCGUUUGACCACCAAUUACGACCCAUCAGGAGAAUAUAAGAAGAAGCUCUAAAAA